UUCGUUCGAAUAGAGAGCUUUGUCCGCCCAUAUUGAAAGCUCGGGCCCAACUCAUGAGACAUGGUUAGUUCUGUACCACACCGUGCUUAGCCUCGGGUGUGUGUACUAUGAUUGGGGUUCUUUUGAGCCCGCGAAGAGCCUAGCAUGGUACUACUUUAGCCUCGCAUUUCAUCAUUUCCAAGAUGUGUUGAUGUGUAAGGCGUCUUUACUCAAAGCCCAGGCAAUGACAGCAAUGGCAGUGUUCGCCCUUAAUUACUCAAGUCUGCAGAUUGAGACUUUGUGUAUCUCAGAAGCGGCAAGAACAGUCAUGACCUUGGGUCUGCACAAAAGAAACCUUGACCGUAGCUCAUACCAAGAAGGUAGAAGAACAUUUUGGGUCGUAUACUGUUUGGAAAAAGAAUACGCUUCUAAUUCAAGCACCACCUCUUUGAUAUCUAACAUCGACAUCAGCCGUCCGCUUCCUACAGAUUUGCCGACACAUACCGAAGGUUUGGCCUGGCUUCCUUGCUGGGCACGCUACUCGAGGAUUUUAUCGAAAGCAUAUGAUUUGAUCUUCUUGUUAUCUGCUACCUUGAUUCCAGCAGAACAAUGCUUUCGGCAAAUGGAUCGCAUCAACGACCAACUGCAAUCGUGGCUAAACUCGAUUCCCGAUAGCCUGCGUCCAGGCUCUUCAUUGCACCGACAUCGAUCUAAACCUCUGUAUAUGCAAGAAAUGGUAUUGAGGAUCCAUUUUUCAUGUUAAAAUCUGAGAAUUUGUACAUCACGAAUAACUCUCAACCGGUGCCCAAACAAAGGAUCUCCGCGAAGAUCCGAAAACGAGAAGUGCUUUUUGACAACAGCACGCACGAUUAUUGAGUCAUCCUAUAUGAUCACCAUGAGUCCCUUCACUCCCUUAUGG